ACACGUGAGGUUGUAAACAAGAGAGUGGAUGUGGACGGCCAUUCUCCCAGCUCAAUGAUAUGAGGGCCCGUUACUUUCCCCUGGCAGUGCUCGCCAGUGUCCUGUGUCUGUGUCGAAGCUACACUUUGAGGAGUUCGGUGUCCUGGGUCGUCUCCUCCAACGAUGUGGUGGAGGAAGCGGACCUGUCCUCGGAGGUCGCCCCGGCGUUGCUUGUGGACAAUGCGGGGCUGUGGAAGCAGGCUUACCCGUCCUCCAACGUCCUCGGAGACAGCAUGGAGAGCCCCGGAGAGCUAGGCAAGCCAGAGAGCGACAGUGUGGCGCAGCUUUCCUCUCGCCUGUUUUCAUAUCGGCUGGAGAAGAUGAGCAGCAGCGGUCCUCCACCGCACCAGGAGACCGCGAGGACUGCCAGAUACAUAGCUCAUUACAGUGACUGGGGACAUCUGGCCACUAUUUCGACUCAAGACAAGAUCAAAGGUCUCCCCUUUGGGAACAUCUUCUCAGUCAGUGAUGGACCGCUGGACAACAGCACGGGAGUCAUCUAUUUUUAUGUGACUCUGAUGGACAAUACAUUAUCAGACCUGAAAAGUAACCCCUAUGCCUCUCUCACAUUCUCAGAGGCUGAGGGAGAAUUCUGCAGGCAAAUGGUGUAUGAUCCAGAGGAUCCAAGAUGUGCUCGACUCACAUUAACAGGCAAGAUGGUGGAGGUGGCCCCAGAGGAGCUUGCAUUUGCAAAGGAGGCCAUGUUUUCAAGACAUCCUGUGAUGGCAAAGUGGCCAGUGGGACACAAGUGGUUCUUCAUGAAGCUGGAGUUGAUCCAGGUCUGGCUGCAGGACUGGAUCGGAGGGAUAUCACUCAUUCCACUGGAGGACUACUUUAAAGCUACACCUUUCUGAGAAUGUCCCUCCCUCUGCAUCAUGUCCGCCUACACAGAUCAGUUCAGCUGUCUACGCCACUGAUAUCACUCUAAGAAGGGGCAAGAAUUUCCAAAACAGCAAUGUGCAAAGAAAAUUAUCAAAAUGGUUUUCAGAUACUGCUAUUUGCUGUUGUAAUUUGUGAAGGUAAUUUCUUUUCAUCUUUUGCCCUUCAACUUCACUUUGUCACAAAAAUUCAGUUUCAAUGUUUGGUGUGGGAAUGUAUUUAAAGUCAAUAAGCUAGUUAAAUGUAAUGGUCACAGUCAUCACAGCUGGCAUAGAAAAUUCUAUGUCAAUUAAUAUAUUCUUUAUAAGUUUUGAUUUCUAUUUUAUGGGUUUGCAUUAAAAUGUGUGUGCUGCAAAAAUAAAUGAAUGUCUGCACACAUAA